AUGAUGAUGAAUAAGCAUUUAGGGAUUCCUGUAAUCGAUUCACACAUACAUCUCUACCCCGAAUCCGAGAUUGAUUCAAUAUCUUGGUUGGAAGCCGGUCAUCCACUUGACGGACAACACUCUGUGCAGGACUUCCGAAACGCCAGCAAAUCCUCGCCAUCAGUCUCCGGCUUUGUGGUCGUCGAGAACGAUCGCAAAUUCGAUCUCCAUGCCGGCGAAGAGGGAUGGGAAGGCCCGUUGAAGGAGGUUUCGUGGUAUCGGCGCAUGGCCCUAGGCGAGCCAAAAGCUGGUGAAGGUCACACUACCGAGGAUUCGCGGCUUGUGCUGGGUCUUGUUCCUUGGGCACCGCUUCCAAAUGGCCCUGCCGCGCUGGAGACGUACCUCGAUAGAGCCAAGCAGGUUGCAGGCCCUGCUUGGCCUAAGGUCAAAGGAUUUCGUUAUCUUUUGCAAGACAAAGCUGCUGGUACGGCACUAGAGCGGGAUUUUAUUGAAAGCCUGAAAUUGUUGGGGCGGCGGGGGUUUAUCUUCGAGCUUUGUAUUGACUAUCACCAGAAAGGGAAGAGUCAGCUCGAUGACAUUGUUGAACUAAUUAAGCGGGCUCAUGCAGAUGUUGCUCGUCACGACGAGAAGGUCAUAGUUGUGCUUAAUCAUAUGCUCAAGCCCAGCUUGACAGCCCCGUUCGACGAAUCAAACGAUGAGUUCCGAGUUUGGGCGGCUGCUGUUGCUGUACUUGGCACGUUUCCACGUGUAUACAUGAAGCUCUCUGGUGCUUUAUCCGAAAUGUCGGAGUCGACAAGACUCCUCAGCCCGCCCGCCGUUGCCGAGUUUCUGCUUCCAUGGUUCAGGGUAAUCAUUCAAGCGUUUGGUCCACAAAGAAUCAUGUUUGCAAGCGACUGGCCCGUCUGCACCAUUGGAGUCGAAAAUGCUUGGGCGCAUUGGAAGAGCAUUGUUGAGGCCAUGUGUGCUAAACUUGAUCUGGAUGCCAGCGACAUUGAAGCGAUUUUUGCCGGAACAGCCAAAGAGAGUUACAAAGUGUAA